UUGUUUGUUGUUACACUUCUUCCUCAUUCUUCUUCUUCUUCAUUCUCCUCUAAAAACAUAAAACCUAAAAUAACAAAACACACACUCAUGGAUUCGUCUCAGGACCACUGCAACUCUCCAGGAGGAGGAGGAGGUAAGAGUCAUGUCUGCACUAAAUGUGGUUGGAGUUAUCCUAAUCCUCAUCCUAGUGCUAAAAACCGUCGUGCUCACAAGAAAAUCUGUGGAACUAUCAAAGGAUUUGAGAUCUUUGACUCUGAUAACCCCAAUCAGAUUCUUGAUGAGCAAAAACCCCCAAGUUCAAGAGUUGUGGAAAAAGGUGAUGAGAGGAUUGGGGAUGUUUCUGAAGAGGAUGUGUUUACUGAUGCUGUUUGUGAGUUUUCGAGAUCUGAUUCUCUCAAGGAAGAGAUUGCUACAAACUAUGCGGCAAAGGGUAAUGAGAUUCCUGGUGUAACUCCCCAGUGCAUUAAUUCAUCAACGGGCAGUGUGGUGAAAAGCUCUGAAGUGGUUCAAGAUAGCUGUGAAGUUCCACCUGUGGAAGUCCUUGAGAACUAUGACGCCCCAAGUGCAGUAGAAGCAGCAUCUGAUAAUCGACAAGGUGAAGAGCGUUCUACUGAAGAACACUCUGUAGCAUCUGAAACUGUGAUUGAGUCACCACAGGAAGCUCAGGUUAUUGACGGUGGUGAUUCCAUAUCAAAUGUUGUAUUAGAGACAGAAUGCAAAGGAAAGUUAACAGAAGAAUCUGAAACUACUAAGUUAGCAUCUUCAUUAACGAAAAGAGAGGACACUUCAGAUUCAUCAUGGAACGAUGAAGUGAUUUACUCAGACGUGGAGGGUCCCUACGACUUCACAUCAGAAGCAAUGAGUAUGACUCAUCCUGGUGAAGCUAGCCGUAUAAUCAGUGAGGAUAUUCCAGUCCAUACUUCUCCAGCAAAAGCUGAUACAACUCAGGUUAACAGUGCCAGUCAAUCUGUUUCUGAGGAUAUGCCUUUUGUUGAUAGUGCUGAUGCCUCUUUGCAUGGAAUCAAAGGCCUUGAAGAAUUUGAAGCGAGUCAUUCUGUGAAUCCUUAUCGUGCUGAGACAUCUAAGGGUGAAGUAUGUGAAACAGAUACUCUUACUGAGGCAGAGAAUUUAGAAAUUCAGCAUGAAGGCUUGACUACUGGUUCAGAGGUUCCUUCAUCAGACAAGCUUCUCGUCGGAGACAAAACUGAACCUCAAGGCCAAACUGAUUUGGUUGCGAUCAAGGAAUUUCCUAGCGCAGAGAACAUAAUGAUAUCUAAGAUUGGCUCCGAAGAUAUCAAAGUGAAAGCUGAAGAGGGUGAAUUAUCAUUAGGGAAUGCAAAUACUGAUGAAUCAGAAACCUUGAGAGAUUCUCUACCUGCUGUAGAUUCUAUAGUUGUUGACUCGAAUGUUGAUGUGAGCAGUGCAGCUAACAAAACUGGUUUAGCUGAUCUGGUUGGUCAUGAGAGGGAACUUAUUCAAGCAAAUGUUGUAGCUGAGGAUGGGAACAACCCAAAAGACACGCCGAGUUCUGAAUCCUCUUGCUAUGUUUCCCCAGUGUCUGUUGUAUUUGAGGGAGAUGAUGCAGGUGAUCAGAUAAAAAAUUCAACAGAAAGAUCUAAAGACUCCGCUCUCCAAAUCGGUGCUGGAUUUCCGGAAAGUAAAGAUAAUGUUUGCAGAGAGAUCAACAACGGGAGGCCUGUGGAGGAAAGCAGUUUCGUAAACGAAACAAAUACAAUGGAAUAUCCUAUUAGCCAUUCUGGAUCCACAGGCACUGCGCCUGAUGACACUGUUAAAACAGCGAAUCAGAAGUCACUGGAAAGCGGAAGGACAGAAUUCAAUAGAGUUGUUGGUGGCUUGGGGGUAAUUCAAGCAAAUGAGAUUGACAGUAAUGUCAAAGCACACAACUAUUAUGCUGAGGUCCCAGUGACAAUAGAAUCAAACGACCAUCGGGAUUUUGGGAGAUUGCAGAAUCUUUCAGAAGCUCACAUUAGAUCUCUGGUCUCAAGUCCACUAGUCACUAGAAAUAAUACAUCUAGUGCGUUAGAAUCCAACUUUGGAUCAGUUACAGGAGUAAGCGUUGGAAUUAACAAACCAGAAAACGUAUCUCAGAACCAAGAGAUCACCUUGGAGAAGACAACAAGCUGGAGCAGCACAGCAAAGGAGCAACACGUCCCGCUAAAGAACCUUCUGAGUGAAGCAAGAUCACCAAGGCUGCAACAAGAGGCAAAGGCUCAUCAUGAGAAUAACAACAUACCGAGAGUGAGUUCAAUACUGGGACAAGAGACAUCCCCUGAAGACGGUCGCUGGCCAGAGAAAAGAGAAGUCAGCGAGGAAUGGAACUCGCCAGCAAAGUAUCCAGUGGACUUAAAGAGAGAGGAGAGGAAAGUGAAAGGAAGACCCUUUUGGGUGCCAUUCGUUUGCUGCUCCAAUGUUAAAUAAACCAAACCACUCUAUUGUAUAAUGGUGUAGGAGAUGAUGAAUUGAUUCUACUACGGACUUGCUAGUACAAAGACUUGUUUAGUACUUAACUAGUUUGGUUUCUUUGUAGGAGUUAUUAUUAUUGUUGCUUAGGCUUUCAAAAUACUUUUAUGCAGACCACUUCUUUGUCUUUUA